AUGGAAGACAAAUCUUGUCAAAAGGUUGACCUGAACCUCGAUAUCAGCAUCGACCUCCCGGCAAAUGCUCCGGAAGGCCAUCUCCAUCUCCUCAAUGUGAAAAGACCUCGAAAUAAUCCUCAACCUCCAAAAUACAAGAAGCGCAAAUCAAACCAGAUUGAAUUCCCGGAAGAUUUGUCUUUGGUUGAUGUCCUAGCAACUAUACUCUUCGACUGGAAACCGGCAGCACUUCAUCACCUUCUCAACGUUCAAAACAAACAAUUUUAUUGUGCAGCUGCAUGGACAGAGUACAUAGUAGAAUACAGACCUAUGGAAAAUCGCAUACAUCUAAUACCUUCAGAAAGAGUCGAAAAAUGCGCCUGUAAAGAAAUCGAGAAGAACAUGGCUCAGCGUAUGGAUCAGAAAUAUCUAGCCGAUGGCAUACUCCAAGAUAGGAUUUUCCCAGUUUUGAUGUACGAGCCUGAAGCUAAGAGUACAAAGGAGCAGAAAUCAAAGGCAACUACUACAAAUGAGCUCAACGAUAUCGGGCGGGAGUCAAAUACUGAGAGCAGCUCUGAUACUCUAAUGGAAGGAAAUAUAAACGCAAGGGUCACGGAGCUCGAAAGUCAGGUAUUGGUACUGCAGAACUCGAUCAAGGAACUUAUUGGUCCAGUAAGAAAAAGGCGUCUAGAGGGUCAAUCAGAAAGUGUUCGGGGCAUCGAUUUAGAGCAGAAAUAG